UUUAACAUUCAAGUCCCUCCUCUCCGAGAAGAGGCGACGCUAAAUUUAUAACUAACGAGCUCAGAGCUCUUGAUUUCUCUCGGUCGUAAUCUUCCCCAUCGGAAAAAUCUUGGUCGAUCACAACGGUUGAAUUUUUGGUAUAUUCCAAAAUUCUGGGGUUUUUGAAUCAGGUGGAGGAGUUGAUCGAUUUUUGAAUGGCUUCUUCAAGUUUGGGGAGCUCAAUCCCUGCACCAGAGGCUGUUCAACUUCUGGUAUCGUCUCUAGCUGAUGAUUCCUCUGUGGUUAGAGAAGCUUCCAUGGCUUCUCUUAGAGAUAUUUCCUCGCUGAAUCCGCUUCUGGUUCUUGAUUGUUGCUAUGCUGUGUCUCGUGGAGGACGAAGGCGGUUUGGUAACAUGGCUGGGGUUUUUCAAGUAAUGGCAUUUAGUGUUGGUUCGUUAGAGAAAGGGGAGAGUGAUGCAGUUUUCAUGGGGAAACUUGCUAAGAUUGCUACAGCUGAGAUAAUAUCUUCCAAGGAACUAAACGCUGAUUGGCAAAGGCAAGCGUCAGGGCUGCUUGUCUCAAUUGGAACACAUUUUCCUGAUCUUAUGAUGGACGAAAUAUUUCUUCAUCUGUCUGGUCCGGCCACAGCUUCGCCUGCUAUGGUUCAAAUUCUUGCUGACUUUGCCACAUCUGAUGCUUUGCAGUUCACUCCACGCCUGAAAGAUGUACUUUCAAGGGUGUCGCCUAUUCUUGGGAAUGUUAGGGACUUACACCGACCAAUAUUUGCAAAUGCAUUUAAGUGCUGGUCUCAGGCAGUGUGGCUAUACAUCACAGAUCUUACAUCAGAUUCUCCGCUUGACAGUGAUGUCAUGUCAUUUCUGAACUCUGUUUUUGAGCUUUUGUUGAGAGUUUGGGCAAUUUCUCGAGAUCAUAAGGUACGAGUAUCUACUGUAGAGGCUUUGGGUCAGAUGGUCGGUCUUAUCACGCGGACGCAACUGAAAUCAGCAUUACCACGGCUUAUUCCAGCAAUUCUUGAACUGUAUAAGAGAGACCAUGACGAUGCUCUUUUGGCAACAUGUAGUCUUCACAAUCUUUUAAAUGCCUCAUUACUUUCCGAGUCUGGUCCUCCACUGCUUGAGUUUGAGGACCUCACAAUUGUUCUGUCAACACUUCUUCCUGUGAUCGGUGUCAAUAGUGAACGCAGAAGGUGCUCAGAUAUUUCAGUGGGACGAAAGACAUACAAUGAAGUGCAGCGGUGUUUUCUGACUGUUGGCUUGGUUUACCCCGAGGAUUUGUUUACAUUUCUUCUUAACAAAUGCAAGUUGAAAGAAGACCCUUUGACGUUUGGUGCUCUUUGCAUCUUGAAACAUCUGCUUCCGAGGUUGUUUGAAGCCUGGCACUCAAAACGGACUCUUUUGGUCGAUACUGCGAGCUCUUUGUUAGAUGAGCAAAGUUUAGCUGUUCGAAAAGCCCUUUCAGAGUUGAUCGUGGUCAUGGCUUCACACUGCUAUCUGGCCGGUCCAUCUGGGGAAUUAUUUGUCGAAUACCUUGUCCGCCAUUCUGCAAUAGGAGAGAGUGAAAAUCUGAAGGCAAAAGGGGAACCAGUUAGUCCAACACAGCUGAGAGCAGUUUGUGGAAAAGGUCUUCUGCUCUUGACCGUUACUAUCCCGGAGAUGGAGUACAUUCUUUGGCCUUUCCUACUGAAAAUGAUUAUCCCUAAGGUUUACACCGGCGCUGUUGCAUCAGUCUGUAGAUGUAUAUCUGAACUGUGUCGACGUAGAUCUUCAACCACUCCCAUGUUGAUCGAGUGUAAAGCUCGUGCUGAUAUUCCUAGCCCUGAGGAGUUGUUUACCCGUUUGGUGGUUCUUUUGCACAACCCUCUGGCUAAAGACCAAUUAGCAUCCCAAAUUUUGACGGUCCUUGGCUAUCUGUCCCCUCUUUUUCCAAAAAACAUUAGCAUGUUUUGGCAAGAUGAGAUUCCAAAAAUGAAGGCGUAUGUCUUUGACACAGAAGAUCUGCAGCUUGAUCCAACUUACCAGGAAACAUGGGAUGAUAUGAUAAUUAAUUUUCUAGCAGAAUCACUGGAUGUCACCCAGGAUGCGGACUGGGUUAUAUCUCUUGGAAAUUCUUUUGCAAAACAAUACAUUCUUUACACUCCGGAUGAUGACCAUGCAGCACUUCUACACCGGUGUAUCGGAAUACUUCUCCAGAAAGUUAAUGAUAGAGCGUAUGUUCGUGACAAGAUUGACUGGAUGUACGAACAGGCUGACAUUUCUAUACCUGCAAAUAGACUUGGUUUGGCGAAGGCCAUGGGGCUGGUUGCAGCUUCCCACUUGGACACUGUACUGGAAAAGCUGAAAAUCAUUGUAGAUAAUGUUGGGCAGAGUAUUUUCCAAAGGUUUAUCUUGCUUGACUUAAUGAAAUCAUCGCCACAUACACNUCAGAUGCUUGAUUAUAUAUUGACUUUGAUGGGCCGAGAUGAAAACGAAGGUUUUGCAGAAUCUAGUCUUGAAGUUCUACACACUCAGGCACUCGCUCUGAAUGCAUGCACAACACUGGUCUCUGUGGAACCGAAGCUGACCAUUGAAACUCGAAAUCGUGUCAUGAAGGCUACACUGGGAUUCUUUGCUUUGCCUAAUGAUCCAUCUGAUGUCAUCAGUCCCCUUAUAGACAAUCUUGUGACUCUCUUGUGUGCCAUCCUCCUUACAAGAUUUUGUUUGCAUGUACCGCAGGGCACUAAUAUGCUUUCGCGGCUUCUUCAUGUGCGGCAACAAACGGCAAAACAAGCUGUUAUAACUGCUAUUGAUUUAUUAGGUCGUGCUGUCAUAAAUGCUGCAGAAAGUGGUGCUACAUUCCCAUUGAAAAGAAGAGAUCAGAUGCUUGAUUAUAUAUUGACUUUGAUGGGCCGAGAUGAAAACGAAGGUUUUGCAGAAUCUAGUCUUGAAGUUCUACACACUCAGGCACUCGCUCUGAAUGCAUGCACAACACUGGUCUCUGUGGAACCGAAGCUGACCAUUGAAACUCGAAAUCGUGUCAUGAAGGCUACACUGGGAUUCUUUGCUUUGCCUAAUGAUCCAUCUGAUGUCAUCAGCCCCCUUAUAGACAAUCUUGUGACUCUCUUGUGUGCCAUCCUCCUUACAAGUGGAGAGGAUGGAAGAAGUCGAGCGGAGCAGCUUUUACAUCUGCUUAGACAGCUUGAUCAAUAUGUUUCUUCGCCCAUUGAUUAUCAAAGAAAAAGAGGUUGCGUGGCAGUUCAUGAAAUGCUUCUAAAGUUUCGUAAGCUCUGUGUGGGUGGCUAUUGUGCACUUGGUUGUUCUGGGGAUUGCCCACAUAGAAAGUAUGCAGACCGCAGUAUGCAGGGGAAUUUUUCAAAUCUACCAUCGGUAUUUUUAUUUCCUGACCGCGAGGUAUUGUGUUUGGGAGAUAGGGUCAUAACCUAUCUCCCACGCUGUGCUGACACAAAUUCUGAAGUUCGAAAAAUUUCUGCACAGAUUCUUGACCAGUUCUUCAGCAUUUCCCUUUCCCUUCCCAAAGCGGCACUCUCAAGCGGGCUAGAUUCUGAAGAAUCCUAUAAAGCCCUGUCUUCCCUUGAGGAUGUCAUUGCCAUUUUGAAAAGGGAUGCCUCUAUUGAUCCAUCUGAAGUUUUCAACAGAAUAGUCUCAUCAAUUUGUGCUCUUUUAACAGGGAAUGAGCUUGUAGCAGCCUUAAACAGUUGCACUGCAGCUAUCUGUGACAAAAUCAGGCAAUCUGCUGAGGGAGCCAUUCAAGCGGUUACUGAGUUUGUUUCAAGAAGAGGGAGUCAGCUUAGCGACAAUGAUAUAUCAAGGACGACCCAGUCCUUGCUAUCCGCAGCAGUUCAUAUAACUGAUAAGAAUUUACGUGUUGAAGCUAUUGGAGCUAUCUCUGCACUGGCAGAGAACACGCAACCAUCUAUUGUGUUUAAUGAAGUGUUGGCUUUCUCUCAGCAUACGGAACUUUCAGUUCCGUUUAUGGAACACUUAAUAUCCAUUCUCAAUCGUAGUUCUUUAGUUAAAGGUGAUUCACAUAAGGGAGAGAAUAUCAGCUCUUCUACUGAAACACAUGUUGAAGAUGAUAUCCUCCAAGCUGCCAUUUUUGCUCUCACUGCUUUUUUUAGUUCUAUUUUGGCUCGUAAUGGAGAGCAAAGAGAAAAAGAAAAAUGGGUUGAUCUUAUUGGCGAUAUUGCUGGAUGCAUUUCAAUUAAGAGACCGAAGGAGGUUCGACAUAUAUGCUCGAUUCUCACGAAAGCACUUAACCGUCCACAAAGAUUUCAAAGGGAAGCUGCUGCCGCUGCAUUGUCAGAGUUUAUCCGCUACAGUGGUGAUUUUAGUUCUGUAAUGGAGGAGAUGGUCGAGGCACUCUGCCGACAUGUGUCAGAUGAUUCUCCGACUGUAAGGCGCCUUUGUCUAAGAGGAUUAGUGCAAAUGCCAUCUGCUUGUAUGAACCACUACACAACUCAAGUUAUUGGUGUAAUAUUAGCAUUGCUUGAUGAUCUGGAUGAGUCUGUGCAAUUAACUGCUGUGUCAUGCUUGUUGAUGGUCACAGAGUCAGCUUCUAAUGAUGCUGUUGAACCUAUCUUGCUGAAUUUAUCUGUUCGGCUUCGUAACCUUCAGGUUAGUAUGGACCCGAAGAUGAGAGCCAAUGCAUUUGCAGCACUUGGAGCAUUAAGUAAAUAUGCUAUUGGAGGACAGCGGGAGGGAUUUGUUGAGCAGAUUCACUCCUCCCUUCCGCGCUUAGUAGUACACCUCCAUGACGAUGAUCUUAGCAUACGGCAGGCUUGUCGGGGAACCCUCAAGCGGCUUGCUUCACUCGUGGACAUAAUAAAUUAUUCUACCCUUUAUGAUUCACGUGCUUUUGGUUCUGACGAUAGAACUGACUAUGAAAACUUCGUAAGGGAUCUCUCAAAGCACUUGGUUCAAGAGUCGGAAAGAGUUGAUACUUACAUGGCCUCAACCAUCCAGGCUUUUGAUGCACCGUGGCCAGUAAUUCAGGCGAAUGCAAUACACUUCUCCACCACCAUGUUAUCACUCUCAGAGGAUCAGCACAUAAUCUCUCUCUACUACCCACAGGUGUUUGAAACGCUGGUUAGCAAGAUGACCCGGUCACAAGAUUCAGUUGUGAGAGCAGCAUGCUCAUCAGCCUUUGGGUUGCUGCUAAGAUCAAGCAAGUCAACAUUGUGGAGAGGAGCUCGACUUGAUCGGAGCGACUCAAGUAGAAAAUCCAAUGAUCCUGAGUCUGUUAAGAAAUAACAGGUGCAUUGCGGUCCGUGUGAAUACCAACCAGUCUGUUAAGAAAAAUCCGGGGGUUUGCAAUAAAUAUUUCCAUAGGUACAGUGUGCGAUGAGAACCCAUCCAGGUUUGUGUGUUUGUUGUAAAGUGUAUUAUGUUUUCAUCUUGCAAGGGUUGUCACUUGUGUGUCAUCUCUAUUACCGAACUCAGGAAAGAAACAUUCACACGAAAGUGUUGUAGGCUCUGGUCAUCUUUUUGUUGAUUAUGAUUUUUGAGGCUUUUGCUAGAUAUAGCUAAGAGUCCAACGUUGGAUUUAUCUUCGUUUACUGUUAUAUAUGAAAUUUUAAUUAGUC